GUAUCCCCAAAAUAACCGCGCUGGGUACGUUUCAAUGUACCCUAACCGUGCCAGCCUACAUCUGUACGCGGAAGACAAAUAGGGCGCUGGUCCGAAGGUUUCAUAUGUUUCAACAGGUACAACAGCCACUUGUCUAAUAGCUAGCCUCACCGGGUCAACAUUUGAUCCGAUGGCAGGUCUUUGAUCCAAGUGCUAACGACGCGCAGCUGAGCUGAGAUGCCUGGCAAACUGUCGAAGCUACGGAACGCAAGGCUUGAAGGUCCCGAAAACAAUCAUGAAUAACAGGUUGGCGGUCCUAACAAACCAGCAAAUACGAACUGGUGCGAAAGGCUUAUGCAGGCUGAACAAAAGAGACUCUGGAUCCAACCCGUUGUCAACUGCUAUGCCAUUUUGUUUGCUGCAGAUUUUAUCUCAGCCCAGUGCCGGAAAUCGUAGAGGGCUCAUCAACCCAACCAUCUGAGUUUUGUAGCAAAGAUGCGCUAGUUGAGCUUACCACCCACGACAAAUCAGCACGUACAAUAACAUAGGCCGUAUCUCAGACUGGAUGACCACCUAUAAUAU